AUGCUGUUGAAACCCUUGGGACCAGGUGGUGGAGUUGGCAUGGUGGGAAAACAUUCAAUAGCUUGGAUGGCUUGACGCUCACUUUUCUAGAUGACGAGUCGCCCCGCUGACUGCCAAAGCCAAUAUUUUAGAUUUAACAAAUCAAAGGAAAGACUUGGUAAUUAGGCAGAUCAUUCCAUUGCCCUCAUAUGAAAAUGCGACGGUUGGUCCUCCCCAGUCAUGGCAACGGCCGCAAUCACAACAUUGACGAGGCGAGGUGAUCUUCUCAUCAGCCAGCUAGAGCUACGACUGGCUGUAAUAGCUUCUCUGCUCUUAGCUUGUCAAGCAAGACAUCCCUGUCUGUCUCUUUCGUUGCGUGCAGUGCCUCUCUACUACUAGCUAGCUUAGUAGUAGCCUAUUAGAAUAGAGCUCUAAGUUGGCUACCGGUACCGAUAAGCAACUAGCUACACUGUGUAGAGCGGAAAACAGGAAUCUACAAUACCAAAUCAUCAGUCGGUCGUUGAAGGGCUAAAAGGCAUCGCAUCGAAUUGAAUCAAUCAAUCAGUUCGGAACAGUACCGGUAGCACACAAUCGGAACAUUUGACCCAAGCAAGUCAACAGUCAACCGCAACACCAUGGCACAACCGACAUCCUCGCGGCGAACAAACACGUCGUCAUCACGAGCUCGGUCGUCCUCUCGGCCGCCUGCCUCAGGGCGUAGUUCAGGACAUUCGACAUCCACCAAUCGCACUGCUACGUCCUCUCCCAGACCAGCAGGCAACGAUUCCUAUCAUCAUCGACCGUCUCGACCGAGCAGUCGACAAUCCGCGCCUUCUAACAGCCGCCGAAGAAGCUCCAGUGAAAAUCGAUCUCAUCCCAAGACAUAUCAUGUGCGCUCGAAUCAUCAACAAAGUCGUCAUGGACACGGACAUGUCUCUGGCGUUGAUUCGUCUUCAGACGUCGGAUCAGAAGCUUCUUCCGGCGGUUACCGACGAUCUCAUCCAGAAUUCUGCGGAAGUAGCAACAACAGCAGCACUCAUCAUCAUCACAGAGAUGAACAAAUGUCUGCAUCGGGUAUGAACAAGAACUCGGCGACACGCAAAUCACUUAGAUCGCAGUAUUCCGGGGACGAAUCACCCGUCUUCAAGCGUUCCUCGGUUCACAGUGAUAUGUCACAGAAUAGCAAGGCAGCCAAGAAAGUCAUUGAUGAGCUCAAUCGAGCUUCUGGAUCUUCAGACAGACGAAUAGCAGCCAUUACAAAUGCUUGUGCCGAGUUUGAUCAUGGAGAUGAAUCCAAGCACAACGCAGAACUACACUAUGGAGCUGCAACCAUUCUAUCCAAAACACUUAGUAUGACGGAUGACGACGACGAAAUUCGUAUGAUUUGUGCUGCUAUUGAAAUGGUCUUCAGAGGAAGUCCCAAAUAUGUUCAUGUUGCCUUUGACAAAGUCGGAUCGACCAUGAUCCCUCUCUUGCUGCGGCUCUUGGAUAGAUGCGAAAGUGGGAACAUGAAACACGCCGAUGUUAGUAUUCUCAAUAUCACCAAAACUCUACUUUAUCUUUCCAGAAUCCCAGACUUGAGAGUUUGCUUGGCCAGACAGCAAGGAAUGCUGGACGCCAUGCGAAGAGUCGCAACUUCCAUAUUGAAUCCGGACUGCAGAAUCGCACGCGUCAGAAUUGUCGCCAAUCUUGCCAACUGCCCAGAGAACAAGGUCUUAAUGUUCGAGCAUGAGGGACUGCUGGAGAGCUUGCUUCGAAUCGGCCAUUUGGAUUUGUCAGAAACCGCCAGAGAAUACGCUAGCACUGCCAUUAUGGACUUGGCAUCUGCGCCUGCGAACCAAGUACCACUGGCACGCAACGAAAAGCUGCUCGGAACGCUCGUCAAGAUGGUCCUCGUAGAGAAAAUAGCAACCACCAGAGAAUCGGCAAUCACCGCUCUCCAAAACCUGGCAUUCACCAAGGAAAACAGAAAGCUCUUGGUGGAAUUCAAAUCAUGCAUUGUGCUCGAAGCCCUCAAGAAGGCACUCAACAGCGACAAAAACGACAAAGCUAGGCGUCGAGCAGCAGGGGCUUUAACUAAUCUUGCGUGUGAAGAGACAGCUGAGUUGAUGGGAAUCCACAAAGGACUCUUGGACUCACUAGCGAUUGUUUCCACCAAAGAUGAAAAUGAAGAUGUGCAAAUGAGGGCAUCCUUGGCGCUGACAAAGAUUGCUUCACACGUUACCCAUAAGAUGCAGUGCUACGAAGCUCUCUUGGAUGCUCUGGUGGUUGCCUCGCUCAGCAGUGCCUCGAACAGUGUGUCAGCAGUUAUGCGUGUGAAAGCACGAGAGCCGGAUAACCGCGAAAGUAUGGCUAGACACCCAGGAAUUCUCGAUACACUUGCAGACAUCUGUGUCAGCCCGGGGGCAAAAACCAAAGACAAAGACAAUGCCAUGCGAGCAAUUAUGCAUCUCACCAACGAAAACAACAAUCGCAAACUAAUGUGCAACAAGAGUGUCCUCGAAGCCUUGGUGAAAGGAGCAUCCUCCACGGGCAAGGACACGGACGAGAUGAGAGAAUCUGCCAUUCGCGCCAUUGAACGACUUGCCACUGAGUUCUCGAAUAGACCGUACAUGGCUAGACACGAGGGUCUCCUCGUUGCGGUGGCUCAGGCAACAGAACGAGAAGCGAAGAUUGAAGAGAGCGGUGCCAAAGUAGAUCAUGCGCUUUUGGCAAAGCCACUGUUAAUGAGUUUGCUGGUGGCCAUGUAAUGUAGCUGGGAGGCAUUGGAAUGAUUCAAUCGUGAUGAUACUGACAAGCUCUACCGGGCAAGGCUAAUACUGCUGCUCAUUGUGCGCCCACGGCAUGGCGCGUGUAUAAUAUAAGUAACGUUGUUGCUCUUGGCAUACUUAAUGGUACCGGUGUCGGUACCGUACCAAAUGAAUGAAUUGAAGUUGUAGAGUUAGACAGACGUUUUGGAUUGUUCUGUACGGUACGGUUCGGUAGGAUGGUGGUGAUGCACGAUAAGGCUUCGACUUUGCGAGUGGGAUCUGCUAGGGCACGACGCGGUUCGUGCCGUACCGGUAGCAAGAGGAAUCUUUUGUUCUGGUAUGGUAGCUUCUGUACUGCUCUGGAGGAGGAGAGCGGACGAAACUACCCUUGACAGUUGGUUCAAAGACAGAGCAAAGCAGCAAGCAAGCAACAAAUGUCAAUAGUAACACUGCCAUGAAACCUAAUGCCAAGGAGCUUGUAGUGCCGGUAUCAACCAAGGUGUUUCCUUUGUGACUGCUCUGCUAGCUAAAACAGAAGGGCUACGAUAUCUGCAGGGCAUCAGGGCUACGAUAUCAGCAGAGCACCAGCAUAGGCAGGAUGAGUGAACCCCCGUGGCGAGAACCAGCUAUAAAACCACACACAAAGGUGCCAAAGAGAUCAAUGGUUUCGCAGCUCUCCAAGAAACGAUGCAACAGUUUGGCUUCGGCAGGGCUUAUUGGCAGCAGCAGCAAGGCCAAGGGACACAACGUGCUCUAUCAUUACUUUGAAGGCCAGGAAGAACCAACCAACCAUAUAGUUUUUCCCUGCCGGUAUAAUAGAUAACCCCCUCCUUCGGGAGCCCAAU